AUGUCCCUCAAUGGCCUCGACAACCCCGAUGUCCAGAACGCAUACCAAACGGCGGUCGCGGACGCCGGCGGCUGGUUUCUGUUGAAGUACACGUCGAGGGACGCCGUAGAGCUGCUGGGUCGGGGCAAGAAUGGCGUAUCUGAGGCGCGCAAUGCGAUCAUUGGAUACACAGAGGCGUCGCCGCUGUACGGGUUGUUGCUGUAUCGGCGGCGGAAGAUAUUGAUCAAAUACAUUCCUGACGGAACUUCGCGAUUACUUCAAGCGCGAACGACAGUCCACUUCCAAGACGUACUCGAACGGUAUUCUCCUUACGAAACGCUCCUCGAGAUCACGACCGCCGAUGCCCUCAACGACACCUUCCUCGCGGCCUCGUUCCAGCUGCACACCGCUUCGCCUUCGCACUCGUUCAGCCGACUCGAUGAGAUCCAGGAAGAUGGUGAAGAUGGCGGGGCAUCGGUGGGGCAGAAUGCAGACGCGAGCAAGUCGAGUGCCAGUCUGGCAAGCGCGCAAAGAAACAAGACGGAGAGGAGGUUGGAGCAGUUGAAGAAGAGGACGGAGCGAGCGGAACGGGCCAGUCUGUCGUCGUCGACAGAAUCACAAGCAACUGGUGAAUCUGCGCUGCCGGUGGAGCGGGCCACUUCGCCGCUGAAAACCUCCAUGUCGCAGUAUCUUGUGCGCGAAGAAUCUGGACAUACUUUCAUCACCGAGCUCGAAUCGCCGUUUUCUGCAGUGUCUGAAGAAGCGGGAGAGGAAUCACAAGCGGUGGAGAAAGAACAAGAAGCGCAAGAGCCCUCCGCACCGCAAGAACAAACGGCUGCACCACAACAAACAGCGUCAGAACCUGCGAAAUCUGCAGAAUCUGCUGAGGCGCAAAGCGUGCUGGAGGACGAAACUUCACAAGCCCCGGAAAAGGAGCUGCGCAAGCCGUCAAUUGACACUGUUGUUCCUUUGGAAAGAAGUGCGACUGCUGGCGAGCGGUCGACUAAGCCAUCCAUGGAGGACGAUCCCUAUGAUCUGAGAAAAUAUGACGAAUGGUUCAAGCCCAAGGUGAAGCUGGGCCCGCGGCCUGUCAAUACAGCUGAAAAGGCCAAGAGACCAGCAGUGGCAAGGGUUUCUGCGCUUCCUGCGAACUUCAAACCUGCGAUCAAGAAGCAAGAGCCAGCGAGACCGAAAUCUUCUGGCCAGGAGUCAGUAUCGACUGCAUCCGCUCCUCGAGCACCUGCCCCUACUGCGCCGACAGGCUUCGUCCCUCCUCCGAUUCCUGAUACUCCCGAAUACAAGCCUCGACCGAUUUCGCGUGGCAGCGUAAAAUCGGCACCCUCUCACAAAUCAACCAUGACCCCCGACAAACUCAGAUUGAUGAAGGCCAUUGAGCUACGGAAGAAGCAGCUCCGGAAGUCCCAGGAGCAACAGGCGACGAAGCCACCCUCAGAUGAUGCUCCCGAAGUUCCGAGGAUAUCGGACGCACGAGUGUCGAGUCCACAGGAGACACGGUCUGAAGAACCCCAGGAACAAGAAACGGAAACCACUACCGACGAUGAGAGCCAUCCGCAGUCAACCAAAGCCGAUUCCGGCAUCGAAAUACGAAGUGAUAAACACGACAGUCAAGAUGAGGAUCAUCGCGGAGCUCCCAUAGAGCAGAUGCCUGUCCUGCAGGAACAAGGCCCACCAGAUGCGAGUCAUGCUCUAGCAGGGGAACAUGCUUCCCCACUCGACACCGAUGAACGCUCGAAGGUAGGGGAAGAUAUUGUCGAGACUACGUCCUCAGAGCAGCAGGCCGACGAACUAUCUUCAGUUGAGAGCCAGACCACAGAACGUCCUUCGAGACGAGAUCAUGUAAAGGAGGAGAGCGCAGCUGUUCCAACAAUCGUCAUGGAGGAUGGAUCACGCCCGAGGACUUCGAAUGGAGCAGAGCACACUGAGGAACGAGAUAACGAAAGCGAAAGCCAUGGCGAUGAGGACCUCUCUACCAACAGCGAGAACUUGCAUGACGCACCAACAUCACCGAAACAACAGGACAGCGACCUAGCGAAGCGAAGGCGAGGUUUUGUAGAGCCUCUGCAGGUUGAAGUGCCCUCAGGAAACCCAGAUGACUUUUUGUCGGACGAUGAUGAUCUGCUAGAUGAACUGCACGACGCCACAUUCGAGGAGGCAACACCAAUUAUGGUGGCAAGGUCACCUCUCACUCCUGGGCUUCCCAUAGCACGCAAAGCGAGCGCUGAUGGUGGUUCUGUGCGUUCUGUCAACAUCCAACGACCGGCCACAGCUGGAGCUGAGAGAUCUGUCGAUGACCGACCUUCUCCUGAGAGUGCAGUUCCCGCCCUUUCACCCACGCCACCACCAGAGAAGUACGAUCCCGUUACUGGUCUGGCGAGGAACGUCUCUUCGGGCAUUUCGAAGCGCAUCCAAGCACUCGAAGCUGCAGGAUACAGCAGCAUGCAAUCGCGGCCUUUGACUCCAGAAACUUCACCAGGCGGCUACCAGGAGGCGAAAGAGCGAAAGGCUUCCGCUAAACGUCCGACUUCUUUCAGGAGACAUAGCAGCAACCGUGCAAGCCAGAUGCCCACGUCACAUCCUUCCGCCUCUGUGGUUGCCCCUAGCUGGAGCAUUCAGCAUGAUCCUGCAACGAACAAGAAUUCCGUUUCUGUCACAGCUCGCAUCGUACGUCCAAGCGUGAUAGACGAGUCCGAAUCCGACGUUGGGCCUCUGCAACACUCAGAGCUCAUCAUGAACCGUCAGCGAGAGUCUACUGCAACGACACCAACGACUGGCGAGCCACCGUCGCUCAACACGUCAAGGACUCAGUCUGUGCAGUCGAUGGAGUCAGCGCACACGCUGUCUCCAAUGUCUCGCAACUCUGGCGAGUUCAGAACCAUGCAUUCGGCAAGUCGAUUUGGCAGGCACAGACAAGCCUCAUCGCCAGCUCUAGACGACUUCCCCCCACCGCCGUCAAGCAGCAGGAAUCAAUCGCAAAUGUCGCUCGCAUCGAAUGACGAGAACGUCGCUCCUAAGGAGGGCGGCCGAACGAGUCGUUUCUUCAAGCGCAUGAGCACCAUCCCCUUCGGCGCGUCGAAGAGGAAGAGCACCGCACAGUCCAACAGCACCACGAGUCUCGCCAGCAGCGACGGCGGCAACAAACCCAGUCAACGAAUCAGUGUAACUGCGGAGAAGGACACGCCACCCGCAGUCGUGGUGGGCGAUCUGAACGUGCAGUUCCCUGACUCGCUGCUCUGGAAACGCCGCAUCGUCACAAUCAACGACUCGGGCUUCCUCCAGUUCGCCAUCGCCCAAGCCAUGGACAUCCACAAAGGCGUCGCCCUGAAGAAGUUCGCCCUCACCGACUUCAAACCCCCUUACGCGCCGGAUCCGGAUAGCCAGGAACUCCCCUAUUCGGUCGUGAUGGAGUUCCACGACGGCACCACCCUACAGGCCGCCUGCGAGGAUGCCAUGACGCAGCGGCAGGUGCUGCAUCUCCUCAAGACGUAUUGGAGGGCUUGGGCGGCGUAA